AUGGCAGCGCUAUCCGCAGCAGCAUCGCUCCGCACCCGUGCGUUCCUCUUCUUCUUGCUUGCUUUUUUCUCUCCCUCCUCUCACAGAGCUUCCAGCGAGCGUACUGGUAACGCUCCUACAGCACACUUCGAGGCACACCUGCACACCAUCAGCGUCGGAACUCUUCUAUUUCCAACAGGGACCAGCUCAGGCAUGCGCACUGUACGGACUCGCCUUGUUUCCAGCACGGCGGCGUCACUUCACCGUUCUCACUGCAGAUCACGGGCGUACUACUUCGGCGCGGCCGGAGCAGCUGUGUGGCACCGGUGCCGCCGCUUGGCGGGUGUGACCACGACAACGACGCACAUCGCUUCUGCCGCCGUCUCGGCCUCGCCCUCUUCGCUCUCGACAGCUCGGCGCACAUACUACUGGCCGUACCCGGAGAACCUGGUGCCGGAAGGAGCGACCACAUCGCCGUUCCAGUCCAGCCCGGUGCCGAGUGUGCGAGAGCGCAUUAUCCGAGAGUACGCGCUCGGUCCGCUUUUCGGAAGCCGCACUCCGUGCUGCAUGCUUGGGUUUGCCGAUACCGCCAGAGAUGUGGUGGAGCGCAAAGGCGACGUGCGGCAGUGGGUUGCCCGGGCUCUGGGAAAGGUGGAGGUGGACGUGGAGCUUGGCGCCCUCGUGCAGACAAAGGAAAUGUUGCUUCAUCGCAGCGGAACCGAUGAGUCACCGCGGCUCGCCGACGGAGCUGGAAGUCGGCCUGAUGCAGAGCUGCGUCGUGUGACACGAUACGCUCGCCUUCCUGUCCAGGCACGCACGCUGCUAGAGGUGUACCUGCCCGGAGAAGAGCAAGAUGAAAUGAACGCUGCGGAGGACGUGGACGCAAUCAUUCUCGCUCAUGGCUACUUUCUACAGCAGCAGUUUUACCGGUACAUGACGGCAUCACCGUCCUCUGCGCCAGGGUAUAUCGGACAGAGCGGCAUCGAGGGCAGCACGCGCGAAGAGGCUGUCAGCAAGAUGCAGCCGCAUAGUCGGGAGUACAGCAAAGGAGAUGACGAAGCUGAUGUGAAGUUGUGCGUGACCGCCCUACACGAUACGUGCGGCGUCAUCUACUGCGAGGUCCCAGUGCUGGAUGAAAGUGACUUUGUCUUUGACAAGCUGCAUGGCAAGGAGGUGGACUGCGAGACAGCGGAGCGGGUGAUGAACCGCUGGACUCGGCGUGGUACACAGCAGCAGUAG